AGCCGGUCAUAGGAUGUGGGGUUACGCAUGGGGCGUGAGAAAAUAAAGUGUGGGAAAGAGUGGGCGUCGCGAGCGUAGUAAAACAUUUGAUAUGUUGUAGUGAACUGAGCACAUAUUUACGAACACAGCGCCAGUAGCAGCAUUUGGUGAUAUGAGUGUGUGCGUGAUAAAUACAUCGAGUUCAUGAAGCGAAAAGGUUGCGAUGUGUGAGGAAGAGACCGACGAUUGACCGGAGAUCUCGUGGGAAACGACCUUUGUUAUGUACACUAAUAUAUACAUUAGUAUAAACAAAAAAAAUCUGUUCUGGAAUUUGAUCGCACGCGAUGGGAGUCACUGGACUGUGGAGACUGAUCGAGCCCGCCGGCAAGCCUGUGCCAGUGGAGACUUUAGAAAACAAGGUUUUAGCCGUGGAUAUUUCAAUAUGGUUGCAUCAGAUGGUGAAAGGUUACCAGGAUGCAAAAGGUGCUCCUUUGCCAAAUGCUCACUUGAUGGGGCUAUUCCAACGUCUCUGCAAAUUGCUAUACUUUCGAGUUAAACCUGUAUUUGUUUUUGAUGGUGGAUUUCCUGAGCUGAAAAGAGAGACAAUUGCUAAGAGACAAGAUAACAAAAACAAAUACAACUCUGAAUCUGAAAGGAUCAAGCGGGAGUUGGCUCUCAUACUUAGUAAAAAAACAGCUAUAAGCAGUUUACUUGGCAAGCAAAUAUCUCCAAAAAGCACAGCAAAAAAUGCAGCCGGCACAAGCAAAGCCGAAGAUGAUAUAUUUAAAUUACCAGCCUUACCCGCUAGAGAUGAAAGUGAAUCAGAGUCUGAAGAUGAAGACAGUUCCAGCAGUUCAAUCAUUGAUUUACACUCAAUUGAUGUUGAAUCAGAUAACUUUAAACAACUACCUGUCAAAGAAAAGUAUAACUUACUUAUAGAUUUAAAAGAAACAAGGAAAAUGAAUUCUUGGGGAAAGCUGCAUGAGCUGCCUAAAAAAAGUGAUAACUUUUCCGAUUUUCAAUUGCAGCGACUAUUGAAACGGCGGAAAGUUCAAGAAUGCUUAGAAGAAACAGAAAAAGAGAUGGGUGAUGGUGGCAUGUCUUUAAAUGAUAUAGAAUCCCUGUUAAAUGAAGAAGGAAUAGAUACUAAAAUUGAUGCUCUUCCAACUAGAAGAAUUGCCUCUAACAAUACUACACGUUUUGUAUUAAUUAAUAAUGUAAAACAGGCUUUAGAAAAUGCUAAAAAGAAAAAACUAGAGGCAGUUUCUGAAAUGAUGGAAAAACAUGAAACGAAAAUUGAGAAAUCUGAGGAAUUACAAGACAAUCAUGAAACUAAAAUUGAAAAAUUUGAUGAAUUAGAAGAUGAUUUACAAAAAGCUAUAAAGAUGUCUUUAGAAUGUGUUGAUGAUCAGGAUACAAAUGCCCAGACUUCUAAAGAUCUUGAUUCAAGUGCUUAUACAUCUAAAACAGAUGAUUCCUGGACAUCUAACUUAAGCGACUCUGAUAAUUAUCAUUAUGAUUCAGAGGAAGAGGAUGGAUUUGAGCAGCCAGAUAUGACCUCAGCCAAAGCUUAUAUUAUGCAAUACAGUGACUUCACACAUAAAGCAAUUGAUCAGAUUGUAAGCUCUGAGAAUAAAUACAACAAAAAUAAACAAAAAGAUCAAAGAGUGGAUGGGAUUAUCGAUGAACUUAACAAAGAAAAAUCAAUAAUUACCGAAGAGGUAGAACUAUCGUCGGGGGAUGAAGAAGUUACAGAGAAUGAUAAUCAAUUCAAUAUAUUACCAAAAAUAGAAACACUUUCAUCUGAUGAAGACUCAGUUCAUAUUAAAACUAACGAAGCUACACAGAUGUCAGUAAUGUUUAUUGAGAAUCCUACACAAGAAAUUGUAUGUCUUGAUACAAGUUUAGAAGAUAACACUGAAGAAUAUUUAUCUUUUACAAAACAUCCCAAUAAAACAUCUGAAUCUAGUGAAACUGAUGAUGAAUUCGAAGAUGUGCCUGAAACAGUAAAAACCACUAGCAAAACUGUUGUAGAACUUACUUUGAACAUGGGUUCGAAACCAGAAGACGACAUUUUCGCAGAUGUAUUUACAAAUUCUAAAUAUGAUCCAAAUGUAAAGUCCAAGCCUAAUAAUUCUAAUAACGCAAGUCCAGUUAUUAAAAAAAUCUUGGAUGAUGAUGCAAUAAGUAAAUUAAAAGAUGUAGAGAAUAAUGACAAUUCUGAAAUAGAUACAAGAAACAGCGAAAUUCAGGCUAUCAACUCCACAAUAUCAAAAUAUGUUCAUUUUUCUCAUAUUGAACGCGAAAUUAAAACUUUGAAUGAACAUGUCAAUGCUCCGAAAGUGUGUGACAAUGCUGAUGAAAUAAUUGAUGAAAGUGUCCAUGAUAAAAAAGAGAUAAUUAAUACUAAAGCAGUUAUAAGCAGUACAGAAAAUGAAAUGGUUCAUAAUAUUAAAAACACUGAUAUUAUAAAUAAAACUACAGUGCCUAAAGUUGAUCCUGCUGUAACUGAUAAGUUAAAUUCUAUGGUGAAUGAAAUGGAAAAUGAAGAACAAGAUUUGCUUCAAGAAAAAGGCAGAUUGGAUAGAGUCGGACGUAACAUCACGGAGCAAAUGACUAAGGAAGCACAAGAACUACUGCAGAUAUUUGGCAUACCUUAUAUUGUUGCCCCCAUGGAAGCAGAAGCCCAGUGCGCUUUCCUGGAAGCCGCAAAAUUAACAGAUGGCACCAUUACGGAUGACAGCGAUAUCUGGCUGUUUGGAGGAAAAACUGUGUAUAAAAACUUUUUUAAUCAGAAGAAGCAUGUUCUGCAAUUCUUAUCUGAAAGGAUUGAAAAGUCUUUUAAUCUUACUAGGGAACACUUGGUGUUACUAGCUCUCUUAGUAGGUAGCGAUUAUACAACAGGCUUGACUGGCGUAGGUCCAGUUACUGCUUUAGAAAUAUUAGCGUCAUUUCCAUUCAACAAGAAGAAAUUAUUCAAUGACGCUGAUAAGCAAUGUCAAUAUCAAGAAAUCAUCACUGGUCUGCAGGAAUUCAAGAAAUGGGUAAAAACUGGAAAACGAACAGAUAAUACAACUUUGAAAAAGAAGUUGAAAAAUGUUGAUGUAACUGAUGACUUCCCCAGUAUAAGGGUUGUACAAGCUUAUUUAGAUCCGAAUGUUGAAAAAAGCAAAGAAAGCUUUACAUGGGGUGAAAUGGACAUCACCGUAUUACGAGAUUACACCAAGGCCAAAUUUGGCUGGUCACAAAAUAAACUAGACGAAAUAAUUAAACCAGUAUUGAAAAGAUUGGAAGAUCGUAAAAGUCAAAAGAAUAUACACGAUUAUUUUAAAAAGAAGGUUGAAUUUCAAUCACUUGAUGAGCAUAUGAGUAAAAGAGUCAAAGAAGCUGUACAACGAAUGGGUCCAGAAGAUCUUUUGGGUUUAGAAAACCCCACAGAAAUUGCUGAUACAAAAAAGAAAGUCAGAAAAAGGAAAACCAAGAACGCAAAAGAUAGUGGUGGAAACGAUUCUGCUGCUGGUCCCUCAAAACCAAAGCAAAAUAAAUCUAAUGAAGAUAAUUUACUUGAUGAUCUUGGUGUAAAAGUUGUAUCGAAGGUGCACCAAGGAAAGUCAACAAUAGAAAUAACUAUUCCGAAAUCAGACAGGGUACAAGAAAUAAUACCGCAACGGGAAAAAGAUAAACAAAGCCUGCUGCAAAAUAAGAUGAAAGCAAUAGAAAUAUUUAGGAAGUCGAAAUUGGAUCAGAAGAAGAAAACCACAAAGAGAAGAAUUAUUUUACCCAAAGCAAAAGCAGAGCUUUCUGAAAGCGACAGUGAUUAAAUAACCAGUGUACUUAUACAUUAUUGUUGUCUUUUUUAAAUUAAAAAUAAAAAACUUUGAUAAAAUAGUCAAUUUAUUGUUUACACAUUGAACUGCUCAGUAAGUUAUAAUUAAUUGAACUGAAACGUAUAUGACACGAAAGUCCACCCUGAGCGAGACAUUAAAUAUCACAUAUUUUUCAGUUCAAAAUAUUACAAGUAGCAUGGGUAAUGCUUUUUUUUAAAUAAUACACAAUUAAUAGUAAACUUAAAGAACUUUAAAAUAAAAUCGCAAAGUGUGCACACAAAAUACUUAAUAAAGGAUGAAAAGCAGUAACAUAGCCAAUUCCGUAACGAACGUUAAAAUAAUGACAAGAAUGACUUAAUUUGCAUAAAUAUAGUUUACUGUCGAACGCUCACUAGACAUUUACAGUAACGCAGUCGGUUCACACUAUAAUAUUGUACACUAUUUUUACAUUGACAUUGAUACCAAACUAUCAGCAAAUGAUAAUACAUGAAUUCAAAGCAAGUCUUAGAUUGUAUUCAAGCAAUGUUACUGUACUGUCCCUUAACUUACAAAUGCACUGUUUCCCAUUUCAAUUUAUCUAAAAACCUACAAGUUAUCCUUGCGUUUAGAGCAUGUAUGAGGUGGUUCGCCUGGUUUACUCGACCAAAGGGUUAAACAAAUAAAUACGAAUUUGUAUUUGCAAUAUAUAAUAAUGCAAUUUCAUACAAAUUCGCGUUAACUUGCUCGACGCGUUUGAUCGAGGAAAACUCGCACUAACCGCACAGGUAAUGAAGCGACUGCCGUCUAGAUUCAUUGGCCAUAUCAACAGGGUAACCUGACCAGUGCGCCUUUAUACGAUAGUUGGCAAGGUUUUUACUUGCCUCUCUUUCUUUAUCUUUCAAGUUGACCAAAGUAAUAAAAAAGAGGGGAUGCCGUGUCAAUCUAC